AUGCCAGCUACAAUUGCCUCCUUUGUAGCCAAGGCUUGGUAUCUCCGCAUGCCUCUGUCAGCCAAGGUCAUAAACACUCAUCCUAUCUCGACGCAAGCCUCAAUUGAUCGGAAGUUGCAUCGUGGGAGGAGAGAAGUACCGCUAACUCUUCGCAUAAGUUGGAUCAAAACCAUCAAAGUCUUGAGCUCUACUGGCAACAACAAGCCUCAUGUCGACUUCGGUCACAGAGAGCUCACCUGCAACGGGAAGGCAUGUCAACGUACUAGCCCAUCGCGAUCCGAGUCCCUGUCCAGCUGCGCCGGCAUAUCCAGAAUGUCCAUCUUUUCGGGCGUGUCGUUAUCAAUUCCAAUGAAGAGCACAUCGCCACGAGUUAAUCCAGGCUAUUGUUUCUGCCACGGAUGCCAAGAUCGAAGUUUUCUCGGAUUUCCACGACUUGUUCCCUCUUUAGGCUUGUACAACGAAGCGCACGCCUUCCACGUUGUUCAACGAGUUGAUCAAAACCCCCCAGCCGUCUUGAAGAAGCCAUCACCUAAUUGA